UUUAAUUAUAGCUUCAAAUAGAUAUGUUUUUUAAUUUUUUGACGUAUUGUUGAGCCAACAAAAACAUGGCUUUCCAUGUAAGUUUCAUAUAUUUACAAUAACUUUACAGUUACGCAUUGAAACUGAAAGGUUUCAUUGAGUUGGGAUCUUAACAAUUAUGAAACAAUUAAAUUAGAUAUUACAGAUAUCUCUAAUUCAAGGAUUGUUUCAUAAAGGACUUUACUUGUAUACUGUAUAGUAUUUUUUAAAGAUAAUUUAAAAAAUUUCAUCUGGAUGCUAUUUAUGACCUUUUAGAUUUAUUUAUUUUUUAUUUACUAUGUAUAAUAUAUUGCUAUAAGAAACACAACUAUAAACAAUUUAUAAAAAAGUAUUUGUUAGUAUAUUAGUAUGGUGAUUUACUUUUUUAUAAAUUUGUGUCCUUUGACUGAUGAGAAAUGGUUUUCGAAUAGCUAUUUGGGUUAAGUAAAAACAAAAAACAAAUAUGUUAGCUGAAAUCGUAAAGUCUUCCAACGCUGUUGAACACAAAGUACAGUUUGUACCUUUAGGACAUGCUACAACAGAGAAAUCUGACGAUAAUUCAGUACUAAAGAAUACCUUAUUUGAGACUGCUAAAUUUGGGGUAAGUUUCAAAGAUAAAAUUGUAGAAGGAUGGAUUCUUAAGCCUAGAGAGCAAGCAAUUACGUUAUGUUGUUAUCUUACAGCGUUUGUUGUAGGAUCUUACUCUUUAAAGAAAUCCACGAAUAUUGCAAAAUAUAUAAAAAAAAAAUGGGAAAUACCAAAACUUGUUCGUGAAACCUCUUGUUCAUCAAUGUAUGAUACGUUUCGGCGACCGAUAACUAAAUGGAUGAACAACAAAAAGCUUUAUACACAGAUUAAAAUGUUGAAAGAUUUAAGAUUUCCUAAUGAAGCGGAAUCAAAGUACCCAAAUAUAGUGGAUGCGACCUAUAUAAUGAAAAGUAGCAAUGAUACUUUUAGAAACUUAAUGAUUUGGGGACCACCAGGAAAUGGAAAAAAAUUAUUGGCUAAAAAACUUGCACUUAAUGUUGAUAUGAACUAUGCAUUAAUAUCGGGCUUAGAUGUAGCUUCGUUAGGAUUUGAUGCUUCCUUUCAUGUUCAAAGAUUAUUUAACUGGAUUGAAAAACGUAACAAACCUACAUUAUUAGUUGUAGACGAAGCUGACGAAUUUUUAGACAGCCGUAACUCAGAUAGUAAAAGUUAUGCUUUAAAAAUAGCUACGAAUAAUUUUUUAAACAAAAUUAUUCAGCCAUCUAGAACUUUAAUGGUUUUGUUAAUAACGAAAAAGAUCACAAACAUAGAUAGUGCUAUUUAUUCUAGAAUAUCUGAUAUAAUAGAAGUACCACUUCCUGACAUUAAAUUUCGGGAGGCAGUUUUAGACUAUUUUAUAACAAAACAUUUGCCCAUGGACUUCAAUUUGUCUAAGAACCUCUGUAAAGAAAUAAGUGUAUUGACAGAUACUAUGACAUGUCAAGAAAUUGAAAAUUUGGUUUUAUCGUGGAAAAUUGUUUUACAUAAAAAUAGAAUGGAAUGUUGUCAAGAGGAAAUUCUAAAAAUAUGUAAGGUAGCUGCAGACACGCAGAUAAUAAAGAAUGCCAUAAUUCAUCGUAAUAAAAUGUCAUUUGCAACCAAUGUGGAUACCUCUAACAAAGUGAAAACUAUAGAAAUAUCAAAGCUAGAAAACGAUAAUUUAAAAGAUAAAUCAAGCAAUUUAAAAAAAGAAACAACCAAACAAGAGAAUAUUAGUAAAAAAAUGCAAGAAUCACAAAUGAAAGCAAAUGGACCAAAAAGUAUACUUCAGAGUUUAUUUGAAAGUAAUAUUCGUAAUUUAAGACUAGUAUCGGAUGAGUUUUGCAAAAUCGUAAGAUAUUAUGACAAUGAAUACAAAGGCUUAUACAAAAAUUGUUUUAUGGUGAAGUUUUAUUUUAAAAUUGAAGAAACAAAAUAUGAGUUUUAAUAAAUAUAAAAAUUAAUUACUGUAGUAUUAACACCUUUAUAGUGUAUUCUAAUUUUAUAUUAAUAAUAAUUUGACGAACGUGAUUUA